UCCAAAAAUGGCAUAUUCAUAGCAUGUGUGAUCACAUUAUCAAUGCUGGCUGCUUCACAGUGCAGUAAGCGGAAACCAGUGAUAUUCAACUUCGGCGAUUCGAAUUCAGACACCGGCGGCCUUUCUGCGGCCGUGGGACACGAUUUCGGAUAUCCCGACGGCCGCGCCUUCUUUCAUCGCCCCAUCGGUCGCCUGUGUGACGGCCGCCUCAUCAUUGACUUCCUUUGUGAAAAUGUGAAAUCAAAAUACCUGAGUCCUUGUCUGGAAUCAUUGGAGGCAGAUUUCUGGAACGGAGCAAAUUUCGCGAUUGGCGGCGCAGCCACUCUCCCUAAGCACGUUCCAUUCAGUUUGAACAUUCAAAUUCAUCAAUUCACACGUUUCCGAAAUCACACUCUCAUUCUCCGCCGCCAUUCCAAAGCACGUGUAGCUGAAGAUGGAUUCAAAAACGCCCUCUACAUGAUCGACAUAGGCCAGAAUGAUCUCACGGCUGCAUUCAACAACUUUCCGUACGACCAAGUUCUCCAAAAGAUCCCUUCAUUCAUCUCAGAGAUUAAGGAGGCUAUGUUGGCCAUAUACAGACUCGGUGGGAAGAAUUUGUGGGUGCACAACACCGGGCCGCUAGGCUGCCUGCCUGAAAAACUCGGAUCACUUAAACCAAACGCCUCCCAAGUAGACCAACACGGUUGCAUCGCCUCCAUGAACGAAGCUUCCAAAGCGUUCAACUCCCAAUUGCGCCAUCUUUGCCAACAACUGCGCGAUCAUAUGAAAAACGUGACUAUUGUCUACGUGGAUGUCUACUCUAUCAAGUACAAUCUCAUUGCAAACUCAUCUACUUACGGUAUAACGAAUCCAUUGAUGGCAUGUUGUGGACAUGGUGGAGUGCCUUACAACUUCGAUCCAAAGAAAAAGUGUCGGGAUGCAGGGUUCGACCUAUGUGAGGAAGGUGCGGGGCCGUACGUGAGUUGGGAUGGAGUGCAUUACACAGAGGCUGCUAAUACUAUUGUUGCCUCUGCAAUCUUGUCCACUAAAUAUUCCACUCCAAACCUUCCAUUUAACUUCUUCUGCAAUAACUAAUUUCUACUGCUAAACUGAAGAUGAUUAAUUGAUCGAACAAGUCUUAAUUAGUUGGAUCAACAACUUGCUUGGAUGAUUUGUUGUUUAUACUCGUAUAUAUUUAAAUA